UUUGUUUCUUCUUUUGCUAGUAAAUCCCAUUUAAGAGACAUGGCAGAUUAUGAGAGUUUGAGCAAAAUUAUAUCCGGUGAUGAAUACCAUAUUAAAAAAUUUGUUAAAGACGAUAAACAGGAAAUCAACGAAACAGAUAAAUGGGGUCUGACAAUGUUAAUGCUUGCAUGUCGUUUGGGCAGUACAAGCUUAAUAAACAAGUUAUUAGAAUUUGGAGCUGAGGUGAACAAAGAAGACAACAAUAAAAAUUCAGCAUUACAUUAUGCUGUGAGGAGCAACCAACCUACUCUGGUGACUUUGUUGGCCUCCAAAGGAGCCGAUGUAAAGAAAUGCAACGCCCAGGGCAACAGUCUUCUCCAUCUGGCAGUGGAGACGGGCUCGAAAGAUAUGGUGGAAGCAGUAGUACGUGUCACUAAAAAUAAAAAAGAACAGAUCAAUAAACGAAACGUGAACGGUGACACACCUCUACUUCUGGCUUGUCACAGGGGUAACACAGAAGUCAUUCAACAACUUCUCUUGUAUAAACCCGAUGUUAAUCUGGAGAAUAAACAUAAUAACACGCCGCUACACUGGGCCUGCAGUUGGGGAUUCAAAGACAUUGUUGAACAACUCUUGCUGUUUGAUGCCGACGUCAAUAGGAAAGAUAUAUAUCACUACACACCUCUACACUGGGCCUGUGAUAGUGGACAUCUUGAAGUUGUUCAACAGCUCCUAUGGUGGAGCAAGAGCUGUUCAGAAUCUUCAUUAACUAAAGCUGAUGUCAAUGCUGUGGAUUCAGACGAUGUUACAGCUCUACAUGUGGCCUGUGGACUUGGAUACGAAAAUAUUAUUAAAGAACUUCAAAUACCUGAACUUAAAGUCAAUGCGAAAGAUAAAAAGUAUGAAAACACACCUUUACACUGGGCCUGUCGCAGUGGACAUAAACAAGCUGUUCAACAACUUCUGAAUUCUAAACCUGAUGUUAAUCUAACGAAUGCAGAGGGCAACACACCUCUACAUCUGGCAGUUCUAAAUCAACGUUACGAUGUCGUGGCCUUCCUUCUUUCCCAGCCUGAUGUGGAAGUGAAUACCAAGAACAUAAAAGAAACGACACCAUUGUUUGAUGCUGUUUCCCUUAGUCACUUUGGAAUACUUCAGAAGCUAGUUUCACAUGGAGCAGAAUUAGACGCUCUUGAUGCUGAUGGUAACAACUGUCUUCACCUCGCCGUGAAGAAAGAUAAGUUCCAUUCUGAGGAGGAGACUGGAGAGCAUUUAGACUAUGUAAGUCUUACAACCGUUUAUAAAUAUUUGAGUGACAAACAGAAAGAUAUUACUUGUCGCAAUUCACACCCAUCAAUCCCCCCCCAUUGUCAUAAAGUAAUCCAGUCACUCUUGAUAACCCGACUUAUAUUAUGUGACUAACAAUAUUCUAUUUCCUUCCUUUCUCAAAGACAACGCUCUUCCACCGUAGUAAAGGUAACCCAUCUGGGAUGUUAAUCAUAUAAACACAGCCAUCACAGUGUGAAGGGAAGGUGACCUAUUGAAGAGAGUAAAUGUUAUUCUCAAAUAACAAUAAUACAAGGUAUAGGAGAGGUCUGUAUGAUAACCUUUAUAGUGCUGGGGCCAUCAUACAUCCAGUCUAUUCAAUGAAGAA